AUGUCAUCGCUGUACGGGCCAGACUUCCCCGAGGACAACAGGGUGGAAACGGGGUCCGUCAACAUCGCCGCCGCGUCCUUCCCCGCCAUCUUCGACACCUCCUCCGUGAACCCCGACGAAGCGGCCAUCUCCAUCGUCGACAAGCUCAACCGCGCCGUGAACGAGAAGCACGCCGAGUCGCUCGCCGAUUUAUUCCUCGAUUCCUCCUACUGGCGAGACCACCUCUGCCUCUCGUGGGACUACCGCACCAUCAACGGCGGCGCCAACAUCUCCCGCUUCGUCGCCGACUCAGACUGGCGCAUCAGCCAUGUCGAGAUCGAUCGGUCGCGGCCCCAUCGCGCGCCCCAGCUGGCCACCAUGGACGUGGACAAGACCAUCAAGGUGGUCCGUUUCUUCGUCACCGUCGCGACCAAGCUCGGCAGGGGGCAGGGAGUGUUUCGCUUGACGCGGGUCGACGGGCAGUGGAAGAUUCUCACCUUGUACACUGUGCUGCAGGAGCUAAAGGGUCUGGAGGAACCCCGUGGGAGUCGACGACCCCACGGUAAGGAGUACGACGGGCUGGGCGGGAAUCCCACGUGGAAGGAGAACCGUCAAAGGGAGGAGAACGUCGAGAAGGAAGAUCCCGCUGUGCUAAUCAUCGGCGCCGGCCAGGCUGGUCUGUGUGCCGCUGCCCGCCUCAAGAUGCUCAAGGUCGAGACGCUCGUCAUCGACAGGGAGGAUCGCGUUGGUGACAACUGGAGGAACCGCUACCGACGACUCAUCCUCCAUGACCCUGUGUGGUCCGACCACCUUCCAUAUCUGCACUUUCCCGACCACUGGCCUGUGUACACGCCCAAGGACAAGCUCGGAGACUUCUUCGAGUCCUACGCUAGCCUCCUGGAACUCAACGUGUGGACAAAGACGGAGCUCGUCUCCUCGUCCUGGGAUGAGGAGAAGAGGCACUGGACCGUAACGGUUGAGCGCCAGGUGGGCGACAAGAAGGAAACACGGACCUUCCACCCUCGACACGUCAUCCAGGCGACGGGGCACUCUGGGAAGAAGAACAUACCCGUAAUCAAGGGGAUGGAAACCUUCAAGGGUCUGCUCUGCCACAGCGCCGAGUUCCCUGGGGCUAAGCCUGAAUCCAAGGGGAAGCGCGCGGUCGUUGUUGGGUCGUGCAAUUCGGGGCACGACAUCGCGCAGGACUACUACGAGAACGGCUACGAGGUCACCAUGCUACAACGCUCCUCUACCUGUGUCAUUUCGUCCUACUCAUCUGCUACCAUUGCCCUUGGGGAGCUAUACAGCGAGGGCAGUCCGCCAGUUGAUGAUGCGGAUGUGCUAAACCUCAGUCUCCCCGGGCCGCUUUCAAAGAGGGCGCAGAUCGAUACGGCUCUAGCCCAGCACAAGGAAGACAAGGAACUACUCGAGAGUCUGCAGAAGGCUGGGUUCAAGGUUGACAAGGGACCCGACUUUGGCGGGUUGAUUGCGAAGUAUUACCAGCGUGGAGGAGGGUAUUAUAUUGAUGUGGGCGCCAGCCAGUUGAUUAUUGACGGGAAGAUCAAGAUCAAGCACGGUCAGGAGGUCGAUGAGGUGACAGAGGAUGGCCUCAGGCUGACGGACGGGACGGUUCUGCCGGCCGACGAGGUGGUCUUUGCGACUGGCUACCAGAACAUGAGGACGCAGUCGCGUGUGAUUUUCGGUGACGAGGUUGCAGAUCGGCUGCAGGAUGUCUGGGGACUCGAUCAUGAGGGUGAGUUCCGCACGAUGUGGCGUCCUAGCGGCCACCCGGGCUUUUGGUUCAUGGGAGGCAACCUGUUGCUCUGUCGAUACUUUUCAGCGCUCUUGGCUCUGCAGAUCAAGGCUAGAGAGGUUGGGUUGGUCUAG